CACGGAGCUUCAAGUGUAUAUACCGUAUCUUCGAUGGGGUGUGUAAGCGAAUCGAAUAAAAUGGAAAUCUUAAGCAUUUAAAAUGCUAACCGCCCUGCGUCGGAAAAUUCGGUUUGGAAUGCAGCGCACGGUUUUAAUUGCGGUCCUGCUGGCGGUGGGCAUUUUCAGCUACGCCUUCCUUAAUCUCAAAUUCUGCUUCAAGUUGAUGUCCCACCGGAGCCUCAACUUGAUGUGCCAAAAAUUCGAAAAGCAUGAGUACAGCGGCGCUCUGUGUGAAGAACUUUGUGGUUCUCAGUCUUCCUUCGACAACUUUCAGUGUCCACUGAACGAUAUGAAAACUAUUCUGUUUACGGCCGAGAAGAAUGGCGAUAUGUAUGCGGUGAAGCUGGCCCGGCACAAUGAUGACGAACUGAGCUGGACGAACAGCAAAGGGGAGUCCAUAUAUCCCAAACUCGAGGAGUUUCAUGAGAUCGUAAAGCUGCACAUCAUACUGGCCUAUAAUGUCACCCUGGACGAUAAUAUGAUCCGUGCUCUGGUUAACCAGGAAAUAUCCGAUGAUAAUUCGCAGCAAAUGGUUAGUUUUUGGAGGCUGUUCAAGGACAACAACUACAUGAUGGGCAAGCUCUUCGACGAGGAGUCCAUAUUCCCGGCAGUUCUGGGCUCCUGUGGACCCUACUAUGCCACCGAGGGAUUGCAGAUCGUGCAGUCCAACCCCAGCAUUAUGCAGUAUCUGGCCUCCAAUCGCCUGCAACGGCUGAAGCACGCUCUAAACAUUAUGGAGUACAUAUUUCGACUGGACGAAAUGAAGCCGGAACCACUGAAAAUGUGCAAGAUGCAGGUGAAUCGCUUUGGAACCGCCUCCGAGCGAAGGCUGAAGUACCAGAGUGCCGAGCAUGUCUAUGUGGAAAGCCAACUGGACAAGCGUUUGUCGAGGGGCGUCAAGUGCCACGCCCACCAGGACUGCCACUUCCACUCCUGCCGUGGACUGUGCGACGAGGAGAAGCAAUCCUGCACGCACGUCCAGCAGAACAACAACUUUCAGAUAUUCUGCGAGCACAUCCUUCUGGGCGGAGGAACCUUCCAGCCCGGCCUACUCAGCGGCGUGCGCCUCUCAAAAGCGCUCCAAAAGCUGGUGAGGAUGUGCGUCCAGCCGCCCAAGGAGCAUCAGGUGCCGGGACGCCAGUGGGCGCCCAAUAUGCAGCUCGCCCUGAGGCUCUACAACGAGCUGAAGCAACUGCACCAGGCAGCAGCCACAUCCGCAGGAUCCGACAUUCCCGACGAGGGACAGGCUCGCCGGGGAGUCUAAAAUGCCCGGAAAUCUGAAAAAACUCAAAAAUCGACAGAUGGUAGAUCAAUUGGCGCACAGCUUGCUCAAAACUGGUGGCAUUUUUACAACUAGUCUUAGUUAAAUAAACCCAAAUAAAACAGAAAAACGCUUUUAACUAA